AUGGCGGAUGAAGAUGAACCCACCAACACAAACCCAACAACAAAAUGCACUCCAAAAGCAAGAAAUUUUAUCAGAGGGGCUCCAAAUGCAAAUACCUACAAAUACCACCACCACCACCACCACCACCUGCUGCAAAAUCCUUAUGGCCUCGGCUGCACAAAUCAAUACCAAAUCUUUCAGGGCCUGCUCCCUCUGCCUCCUUCUGUAUCUCCCUAUUUUUCACCUAAUCAGAUGCUCCAGCCGAGAGCCCAUUUCAAAAUGGCCCCAAGAAGAUGGGAUAAUUUCAUUUCUGCCCCUCCCUCUGAUUCCAAGUCUCCAGAUAUCCCAGUUGUUGCUCGAGUUUCCUUAGCAGAUGUGGAAAAGAAAAUAUGCCUGCCAAGUGACAAGCGAAAUGCCGCAAACAUUAUGGGUCCAAAACCAGAUUCAUCAUAUUCACUUGCUAAAAGACCAGAUACCGGUGGGGUUGAAGGCAGACCCAUCACCCUUCUCGCCAACCAUUUCUUAGUCAAAUUCGACCAGUCUCAAAAAAUCUUCCAAUACGAUGUCGAGAUAAGCCCGAAUCCGUCAAAAGAGCUGGCGAGAUUGAUAAAGCACAAGCUGGUUGAAGAGAACCCAGAAAAGCUAUCAAAUGCCCAUCCGGUUUAUGACGGCCGAAGGACUAUUUACAGCCCCAUCGAGUUCCAAAAUGAGAAGCUCGAGUUCCACGUUAGCCUCCCGGUCGAGAAAAUCUCGCAAUCCUUGGAUAGAAAACGGCAUGACAAGAUUUUCCGGGUGAAUAUCAAGCUUGUGUCCAAGCUCGAGUUCAAGGGAUAUGAUUCUGAUUUUCAUCAGCUCCCUCAAGAGUGUAUCCAUGCACUGGAUGUAGUUUUGCGCGAGAAUCCCAAUGAAAAGUGCUUAUCCAACGGCCAAUCAUUUUACUCGAGUUUAAUGGGAGGAGCAAAGGAGAUUGGGGGAGGGGCUAUAGCACUUAGAGGGUUUUUCCAAAGCUUGAGGCCAACUCAGCGAGGCCUCAGUCUCAAUGUGGAUUUCUCAGUCACGGCCUUUCACGAGAGUAUCGGGGUGAUCCCUUAUUUGAAAAAGCGUCUCCAUUUCAUGCAUGAUAUUGUUUCUCAAAACACUGCGAGGAUUUUGACUGGUGAAGAGAAAAAAGAAAUCGAGAGAGUGUUAAAGAACAUGAGAGUCUUUGUUAGCCAUCGAGAAACUUUACAAAGGUAUCGAGUUUACGGCCUGACGGAGGAGAUUACGGAGAAUCUUUGGUUUACGGAUAGAGAUGGGACGCGCUUAAAACUCGUGAGCUACUUUAAGGAUCAUUAUGAAUACGACAUGCGGUACACGAAUUUGCCUUGUUUACAGGUUAGCAGGCGGAGGCCUUGCUAUCUUCCCUUGGAGCUUUGUGCAAUUUGUGAGGGGCAAAAGUUUCUCGGCAAGCUCUCGGACGACCAAACCGUUAAAUUACUCAAAAUGGGGUGUCAGAGGCCGAGAGAGCGCAAGAAAAUCAUCGAUAGUGUUAUGGAGGGACAAUUCGGGCCAACUAGUGGCCAUCAAGGAAGAGACUUCAAGCUUGAUAUAUCAACAGAAAUGAUGAAACUGACUGGGAGGAUCCUUGAGCCCCCUAAACUCAAACUCGGAAACACCGGCCACGUAAGGAAUCUAACCCCUUACAGACAUGACCGGCAAUGGAAUCUUCUCGACAGCCAUGUCGUGGAGGGCACCCAUGUCGAGCACUGGGCUGUCAUAAGCUUCGGCGGGACCCGCGAGCAGAAAUGCACGGUGCUGAAAUUCAUAAACCGGCUGUCCCAAAGGUGCGAGCAGCUCGGCAUUUCACUCCAGAAAAACACAGUGAUCGCUCCCCUUUUCGAGCCCAUGCACAUCCUCGGGAGCCCGAAGCUUCUAGAAACCAAACUCCGGCAAAUUCACCGAGCCGCUUUCGGAAACCUCCAACUGCUCGUGUGUGUAAUGGAGAGAAAACACAGAGGGUAUGCGGAUUUGAAGCGAAUAGCCGAGACGAGCGUGGGCUUUGUGAGCCAGUGCUGCUUGUAUUCGAACGUCGUGAAAAUGGGCUCGCAGUUUCUCUCAAACUUGGCCCUCAAGAUAAACGCCAAGGUCGGGGGAUCCACGGUGGCCCUUCAUGACCCGAUUCCUUCCGAGAUUCCGAGGAUCUUCGGUUUUCACGAGCCGUCCAUCUUCAUGGGGGCCGACGUGACCCAUCCCCACCCUUCGGAUGAUUUCAGCCCGUCCGUGGCUGCCGUGGUCGGCAGCCUCAACUGGCCGGCCCCGAACCGGUACGUCUCGAGAAUGAGGUCCCAAACCCACAGGCAAGAAAUCAUAAAGGAUCUCACCGCAAUGGUGAAGGAGAUUCUCGAAGAUUUCGCCCGGGAAGUCUCGAAACUCCCGGAGAGAAUCGUCUUCUUCCGGGACGGGGUCAGCGAGACCCAGUUCCGGAAGGUUCUGGAAGACGAGCUUAGUCAGAUCCGCGAGGCGUGCUCGCGGUUCACGGGGUACGGCCCGCGGAUCACGUUCGUGGUGGUGCAGAAGAGGCACCACACGAGAUUGUUCCCGGCCGAUGGGGAAGGGAAUGAGAAUGAGAACGUCCCUCCCGGGACGGUUGUGGACAGCGCGGUGGUGGGGCCCUCGGGUUUCGAUUUCUAUCUGUGCAGCCACUGGGGGGCGAGGGGGACGAGCCGGCCGGUGAGGUACAACGUGCUGUGGGACGAGAACGGGUUCACGUCGGACGAGGUGCAGAGGCUGGUUUACGGGCUUUGCUACACGUUCGUGAGGUGCACAGGGCCCGUGUCGGUGGUUCCACCGGUUUACUAUGCGCACCUGGCGGCGUAUAGGGGGAGGCUGUAUGCGGAUCGGGCGGAGGGUUCAGGGAGUUGCGGUGUGGUUUCACGGGCAGUGGCGCCGGAGGUGGCGCCUUUGCCCAGGCUCAGUGAUAGUGUUAGGAAGCUCAUGUUUUAUUGCUGA